GUUCACGAUUUAUCGGGCGAGGCAGAGGGACCGGUUCUAAGUUGUGCUCGGGGACCGGAAAAGAAGCAGCGGUUGGGGAGGAUAAAUGGGAUGGUUGGCUCGUCAUGUACAGGGUUGGAUGCAUGGGGUAAAAUCACCGGCCUUUGGACGGGGCCUAUUGAUAGCGUUUUCUUUCUCCUAGCAUUUCUCUACACUGCACAUACUCUCCUAGCAACUUACUUCAAUCGAAUCACACGAUACCACUCAUGCCUGUCAAUGCCGUCAGUCAAGUCAUUAAAGCAAUCCAAAUAUGAAAAAUAAAAGAUUGCAUUAUGGUCCUCAGAUCAGCUCUCCUGCUGUUCUCAUGAGCCCCCACAGCCCUCACCAGCCUUUCGACCAGCGACGACCAGGUUGCCCGUCAACUUUGGCUUUUGUAUGCCCCAGUCCGUAGACCAGAGACAUCAUCACCGGACCCUUGACCCGCCUGUUCAGCAGACCGAAGUUUCUCAAACACUCUCACACCCACCCCACACGACACUUCCUGCACCGCCCAACAACAACGACCAGACACCCCCACACUCACAUCACCGCACGCCCCAAGCAGGACAUGCGGCAACGGCGCUCGGAUUGAAAACUACGCCAGUCGUCACUAGCAGACUGUAGCUAUACCUUCCGGAGAAGAGAGUAGCAAGUGCGCUUCGACCCUUUUACUUCUUCCUCUUUGCGCAGCGGGGGUGGUUGGGCGGGCGGCUGCGUGUGCGGGUUACCCAGAAACUUGCGCGACUUGUAGGUAUGCUUGACUUGGGGAGACAAGACACUCCCUCUGAUAUCCGUUCUUGUGGGCUCAGCGCCCCAGCCACCGGAGACCGCCGGCGGGGAAGAUGGGCCCCGCUGGGGCUUCCUGACUGUGAGGAGGGGUUUCGGUCAUAGGGAUACGCAGCUCGGAUUGUGG